UUUACAGAUUGAAGAGCGCUAAUAUGAGUAAGUGUCAUGGUGAGCUGACCCAGAGGGAACAGGAGUUGCUGAAAAUUCGUCGGGAUAGCGACACUAAAGCUGCUGAACUUGUCAAGAUGGAGAAAAUGUUACAACAAACCAAGAACAUGUUGGACAAAAAGAUGGAAUCUACUCCAGAUAGCUUGGGCUACCAGGAGAAUAUGGUGGAAGACCUGGAGGAGAAGGUGCGAUCCAGCAGGCGAUACAGGAGAAACUCCCUCCAUCACACACAGAUGCUGGAGAGCCAGAUGAAAACGGUGAAAGGUGAGCUGGUGGGCACACUAGACCACCUCCAGGAGCUGAGGAAUGUUUUACGACGUUCACAGCAGAAAGCAGAGGAGCGGAAAGCUGCAAUGGAGAAACUGGCGGCAGGGCUCAGAUGAACAACCUCCUCCGUGGCUGCACUUUUUUCAAAAUCAUUUUUUCACCUUUCAACAUCCAAUAUAUCAGAUAUCUUGUAUUCUGAAGAUUGUGUGCUGUAAUUAGAUUGAAAAAACCCCGCCUGCACACAGGAAAUCUUUGAAGAAGAGUUGCCCCCCCCACACAAACAUAUUUAAUGUAUGAGUGCACAACAUAUCUGUUAGUGUCUUGACUAUUGCAUUGUACCUG